CUGCUUUCAGAUCGGUUUCUAUUGGCAGUCGGCUGUGGGCGGGACCAGAUGCAGCGACCAAUAGGAGCGGACCUGGAGCGUUACCAGGGAAACAGCGUACAAUGCUGGAGACGGAGAGACAGCAGGCUAGUUAGCUAAGAGGCUAGUCAGCUUCGCUAGUUAGCGGAUAGUUGAUCAGCAGCGGCGGAUAAAUAUUUAAAAAUCUGCGUUAAACUUAUAAACUGAAGGCCGGAGUUUGAUGAGCAGCCUGCGGUCGCCGCUCCGGUCUGUUUGUCGGUGUUAGCCAGCUAGCAUGGCCUUAGCAGUGUCCGGCUAACGAGGCUAGCAGAUUAGCACGCUAACCAGGCAGGCUCAGCGCGCUGUGGCCGGGGAGCAACGCGCUAACACGGGCCGAGUCCUCUGCCGGGAUGGAUGUGAGUUAACAGCCGGACCGGGACGCUCUCAGCCGGGCGGUGCUUCUCUCUGCGGGUCAGCUCAGCAGCAGCCGGGUUCUCCCGGGGGAGGGCACGGCUGCACGCCGCCGGUCGAGCCCGGAGUCUGGGAUGAGAGGAGAUGCUGCGGACCGGAGGGCCGAUCCACAUCCCGAGUCCCGGUAACCCGUUAACCCGUUAACCCGAGCUAAACAGGAUGGACGUGUGCAGCAGGAACCUGAACCGCACAGCGCCGGUCGGUGACGAGGUGCCGCAGCGAGCCGACGUGCCGCUCUGCUCUCGCACUAACGGAUGGAGUUGGCCUCCUCACCCCUUCCAGCUGCUGGCCUGGCUGCUCUACGUCUACUUCGCCGUCACCGGCCUCGGCGUGUUCGUCCCGCUGCUGCCGGCACACUGGAUCCCUGCAGGCUACAUCUGUACGGGCAUCAUGUUCGUGUGUCACCUGUGUGUCCAUGUGAUGGCCGUGUCCAUCGACCCGGCCGACCACAGCGUGAGGACGAAGAGCCACCGAGGGCCGGUCCCCGCCUUCGACCGCUCCAAACACGCCCACGUCAUCGAGAACUGCCACUGCUACCUGUGCCAGGUGGAUGUGGGACCGAAGUCGAAACACUGCAGCGCCUGCAACAAGUGCGUCGCCAACUUCGACCAUCACUGUCGGUGGCUCAACAACUGCGUCGGCAGCAGGAACUACAAGUUGUUCCUGCACAGCGUGGUGUCAGCUCUGCUGGGAGUCGGUCUGGUUCUGGUCGUCGCCUCGUACGUGUUCAUCGAGUUCUUUGUGGAUCCGACCAAACUGCGCUCUGACAAACACUUCCUGGUGAGGAAUGAGACAGGUGUGUGGUUCGUCUUCCUCCCGGUGGCUCCUGUCAGUGCAGCAGCUGCAGUGAUUCCUGCUCUGGCCGCCGUCACCAUCGGUCUGGCUCUGCUGUCGUCUGUGCUGCUCUGUCACCUGCUCUGCUUCCACAUCUACCUGAUGUGGAACAGACUCAGUACGUAUGAGUACAUCGUGCGUCAGCGUCAUCGUCAGGACAGCAGAGAUUGGAGGAAACCAGUGAAGGAAGCUGCAGCUCCGUCAGUGAACUUCAUCAAGGACGUGAACUACUCGGGGACGCUGGGCUACACCAACCCUCAGCUGGACGUGGAGGAGCCCGCCGCCGUGGCCGUGCGGGGGGAGGCAGAGUUCCUGGCUAACGGCAGGGUGAGAGGUGUGUCCAGUCCUGUUGUGGAGGAAGAAACUCCGCCCACCAUCUCUACAGAGCUGAACACAGCACGCACACACCGACGCACACAGAAGAAGAAGAAGAAGGUUCGUAAAGUUCCAGCAGAGGUGACCAGAGAGCGCUGUCCCAGUGUAGCCCCGCCCCCAGAGCCCACCAGUGUGUCCGCCGUGUCUUUGGGUCAACGCCUUCCCUUCCCAGCGUUCCCUCUGAGGGCCUCCCUGCCCCCCCUGGCCCCCGUCCAGGCCGCCGCCCCCCCCGCUGAAUACCACUCGGACUCCGCCGAGUCUCUGGAGGAGAUCCCGGUGGCGUUGGCCAAACUGGGCUCCUCCUCCUCUGCCGGAGACGCCUCCUCGUCCUCCCGCAGAGCCGUGGCGGCGCUCCCCCCGCCGUCCCCCCAGCCCAGGACUAACAGGAAGGCCGCCUCCGCCCGCAGCAAUAAGAGUGCGGCGGAGCUGAGGUUCGAGAUGGCGUCCGCCCAGCCGCCGCCGAUGUUCGUCAGCCGGGCCAGCAGAGAGGCGGCGGAGACCCGGGAGGAAGGCCUGAGCCUGGGCAGGAGGCAGACCGGCUCCAGGCCCGGCUCCAGGCCCGGCUCCAGACCGGGGUCCAGAUCCGGGUCCAGGCCGGGGUCCAGAUCCGGGUCCAGGCCGGGGUCCCGGGCGUCGCUGGGCUCGGCGUCCUGGAUGGAGCGGUGACCGCUGCUCUCUCGAACUGUUUUGUAUCUGUGAAUAUUUAUUGGUUUUGAUGAUUUUUUAUUUUUGAACGAGCUGCAGCACAAUCUUUCUACGUAUCAGCGUCUUUGUACCGGGAGGGAAGCAGAAGGAGCUUUGUUGAGACACCGUCGCUCCCCGCCAUCGCUGUCGGCUCCUCUGCUGCGUCUCUCGCUGGUCUCCAUGGUAACCUGGGGCCAGAAGGGUUUACAUCACUUCCUGUCCGUUCCACCAGUCUGUCACAACAACAACAACAACCAAAACACUACAGUACCCCGAUGCUAAUGCUAAUGCUAAUGCUAACUCCCAGCAUGCACGUCACACACUUCCUGUCCAGUGGAACUCCAGAACGGCCAAAACUGAAUAAAUAAAUAAAAUCACUGAGUCCAGUAUUGAUCAUUAAUGAGUCUAUAAACAGUUCAUAAUAAUCUAUGAUGCAGCAGAUAUUAGUGUUAUUAAUAUAUUAAUCAAUAACUAAAGUGUUUACAAACAGAUAAUCAAUGACAAAUAAAACACAACUGUAAUAAAAUAAAAUGUUAAAAUAAAUACUGAACAUUAAUAAACACUGAAAACGUCCAAAUAUAAGUUAUUACUGUUUAUUAACUGAUUAUUAAUGAUCAAUCUGCACUAAACCUAUUGAUCGAUUGGUUUAUAAACCAACAGAAAACUCAAAGAGAUUCAGUUCACUAUAACAUACCACCAUCAUCAUCAUCAUCAUCAUCAUCAUUUCACUGAAGUGUCUCCUGCUGGAUGUUUGUGACUUUUUCACCUGUCAGCUGAUUUUAUCUGUUUAUCAAUAAAUGAUGAAAACUGA